AUGAACUGUAUAGGACAGACUACACAACUACCUAAUUAUUCUUGUACUGAAAAUAAUGCCUCUAUUCAGUUCACAUUAUCUUCAUCAGCUCAUUCAGCAUGGAAUCCAACAUCAAGUUGCUCUUUACAACAAUGUAAUACAAGCUUGAAUGGUAACAAUAAUUGUCUUUCAUCAUCAACACCUUGUUUUGAUUAUCGAACAAUAAAUAAUAUUAGUUAUUGUGCACCUGGUAUUUUAUGUUCAAUAUUAGAAAGAUGUAAUAAUAUUACACAAACAUGCUCAUCAAAUAAUUCAGUAUGCGUUGUUAAUUCAUGUUGUUCACCGCAAGCAGUAUGUUUACCAUUCUUAGCAACAUACAUGUGUAAAACAGGAUGGUUUUCUACUGGCAAUAUGACUAGUGGACGAUAUUGGCACACAGCAUCUGUAUUAUCAAAUGGAAAAGUAUUAGUUACUGGCGGAUACUAUGGUAGCGCUUCAAAUAGUGCUGAAUUGUAUGAUCCAUCAACAGGUAUUUGGACAACUACUGGCAACAUGAUUAUUACACGAAGUGGCCACACAGCAUCUAUAUUAUUAAAUGGAAAAGUAUUAGUUACUGGUGGAUACAAUGGUAGUAGUUAUUUAAAUAGUGCUGAAUUGUAUGAUCCAUCAACAAGUACUUGGACAACUACUGGUAUCAUGACUAAUGCACGAUGGUUUCACACAGCAUCUGUGUUAUCAAAUAGAAAAGUAUUAGUUACUGGUGGAUAUGGUAAUUUAAAUAGUGCUGAGCUGUAUGAUCCAUCAACAGGUACUUGGACAGCUACUGGUAGCAUGACUACUGCACGAGUUGAUCACACAGCAUCUGUAUUAUCAAAUGGAAAAGUAUUAGUUACUGGCGGAUACUAUGGUAGCGCUUCAAAUAGUGCUGAAUUGUAUGAUCCAUCAACAGGUAUUUGGACAACUACUGGCAACAUGAUUAUUACACGAAGUGGCCACACAGCAUCUAUAUUAUUAAAUGGAAAAGUAUUAGUUACUGGUGGAUACAAUGGUAGUAGUUAUUUAAAUAGUGCUGAAUUGUAUGAUCCAUCAACAGGUAUUUGGAUAGCUACUGGUAGCAUGAUUAAUGCACGAAGUGCCCACACAGCAUCUGUAUUAUCAAAUGGAAAAGUAUUAGUUACUGAUGGAGGCGUCAAUGGUAGUAUUGCUUUAAAUAGUGCUGAGUUGUAUGAUCCAUCAACAAGUACUUGGACAACUACUAGUAACUUGAAUAAUGCACGCUAUGCUCACACAGCAUCUGUGUUAUCAAAUGGCAAAGUAUUAGUUACUGGUGGUACACCUAAUGGGAAUAUUGCUUUGAAUACUGCAGAAUUAUAUUAA